AUGGAACAAGAAGCUGACAUAGUUUCAUAUUUGACUGCAAUGGAGGCCAAGCUCUUUGGCAUGACAAUUUUCGAUCUUCGAGAAAUUGCUUUCCAACUAGCGGAGAAAAAUAACAUUGACCAUCCUUUCAAGGACACGGCAGCUGGUUUAGACUGGGCUUAUGGAUUCAUGAAAAGAAACCCGUCACUGAGUUUAAGAACUCCUGAAGCGACAUCGGCCGCGCGUGCCAUGGGGUUUAAUAAAGUCGUCGUUGCCAAUUUUUUUAAACUACUAGAGGAGACUAUAACGAACAAAGAAAUCACCCCAGAUCGCAUUUAUUAUUGCGACGAAACGGGAUUUACAGUAAAUCCUAAAGCCCAAUCCAAGAUUAUUGCAAAGAAAGGCCGUCGUCAAGUCGGUGCAAUAACGUCUGCUGAAAGAGGGCAGACGGCAACUGCUGAAAUUUGCUUUUCAACAGCUGCUGUUUUUGUUCCUCCAAUGUUGAUAUUUCCAAGAGUUAGAAUGCAGAACGAAUUUGAGAUUGGUCUCCCUCCAUCAGCAUUUGCAGUUUCUCAUGAAAACGGGUGGAUGACCAAAGAAUUGUUCGUAGUUUGGUUUAAAAAAUUUAUCGCAUUCUCCGGCGCUUCACAUAGUCGCAAAGUGCUUCUUCUGUUUGAUGGUCACUCCACUCACACAAAGAACCUGGAAUUAAUUGAUUUAGCACGAGAAAACGGAGUCAUACUUUUGUGCUUUCCACCACAUUGCUCACACAAGCUUCAGCCUGGAGAUGUUUCUUUUAUGAAGCCGUUAAUGACAUACUACGCUGAUGAAACUCGAAAAUUUUUACGCAUUAAUCCUGGAAAAGUCGUAACUAUUCGCCAAAUUGCUCCCCUUUUCGGUACAGCAUUUAUUCGAGCUGCAACUACGUCUACGGCUUUGAAUGGAUUUAAAAAAACCGGCAUUUGA